AUGUCUCUCAUCUUUGUGGAUGCGUACGGGCUAGCACUGAAGGCGCUGGACCCCGCCGCGUGGGAGCUGUUUUGCGCACUGGAGGAUCGCAUUCUUCACUCGACUGCUUAUCUACUCAGCCAUGCGGAGCUGACUGCCUUGCGCCCAGCAGUAACGGAUAGCACAGCGACUGUAUCCCCUACUGCUGCUUUAUGCGUGCAGCCGUCUGUGCAAUCUGUUGUGCGCGACGCGGACGCGAUGGGUACAGCGCUGGUGGCUUCUCAUGUACUUCAGUAUCUGCGCGGGACGCUCCAAGCAGGGAUUCUCCACACAUUUACGCAGAAAUUGGAUGCAUCAGCGACGCUGGCCUCCGCACAACUCGCGAAAGAUUUGUCUCGUGUGCGCCAGCAGGUCCUCUCAGCUCAGUCGUCCUCUUCGUCUCCGUGCUAUCCUGGGCUCGUACUCACGGAGCUGAGUGCUUUUUGUCAAAGCAUCCUGGUGUUGUCAGCGCUGUGGAUGAGCACAAAAUUUUGGGCAACGCUAUCUGAAAGCUCCACGCUGAGCGGCCUCGUCGCGUGCUUCCUCCGUCUCUCCAUGCCACCGAGCAAGGAUCGAGUCGUAGACGUCUCGGACCUCGAAGGCGACUUCCUAGAGCCAAGAACAAGCGAUGCGCUGGGGACGUGUACAGGUGGCGCUCUGGACGCCGUUCCGAUGGAGCAGGCGAACGUGGAUGCACUGUGCCUCGCCUCCACCCCACCGUCGUCGCCCUUGGCUCCUGUUCCGCAAGAGCAUCGCUCAUGCGCGGAGAUGUCCAGCAUACGAAUAGGGUCCGCUGGUGGGCGUGAGGGCGGCGCUGACGGCUACGACCCCAUAUCGUCCGAUCUCCUGACACACCUGAUGUGCCUCGACAACGGGGUUGCGGAGGUGGCAGAGUCGCUGGCAAGGGCCGUCGAGGACACCGAGAUUAUUUUACUCCGGUGCAGUGGGUACACGAUUCCAAUCUGA